AUGUCCGGGUUUGAGAUCGCUGGCAUUGUUCUGGGGUCCAUCCCUCUGCCUAUCUCAGCGAUAGAGCACUAUAGCGACAGCCUCGAUCGCGCAACUGCUUUCUUCAAAUGGAAGGAUGGGUUGAAUUCCGCUCUGCGGGAAUUCUGGUAUCAGCACUCGUCUUUCGAGCUGACUUUGAGGAACAUCCUCAAAGAUGUGGCUAACCCACCCGAAAUAGAGCAGAUGAUUAGAGAUCCUCAUCAUGAACUCUGGAAGUCACAAGAGCUGUCCCAGGCUUUGCAAGAGAUGCUCAAAUUUGCAUACCGUCCUUAUAUAUCUACUAUCAAGGAUAUGCAUGCGUGUAUGAAAAGGCUGGUCAGCCAUUUAUAUAUAGAUCGUGAUGCUGGAACUGCAGAUGAUCUCGAGGCGAUCAUGAAAGCGAACAAGAGACUGCCGUCCGCUGGUGGCCUUGUAAGGUUCGAUUUUAAACGUGCCGUCAGGUCAACUAUGAAGAGAAAGGAUGUCCGGAUACUCCUGGAAGACAUGAAAGCAUGCAACAACCGCCUGGAUGAGUUCAUCAACAAGUCGGAGGUUCCGAGUAACAACAGCAUGACUGGAAGUACUGUUGAAAAGUUGGGAUUGAGCUCCUCACUACAGCAAAUACAAAACUACGCAACCAUGUUGCAUCAAACUCUAGGCAAAGCCUGGUCCUGUUCAGCUCAUGCUUCACACGAAAUUCGCCUGCUCUUGGAAGACAGAGUGAUACGUCGCAGCGAACCGAGACCUCACAAGAAGGUGAAACCGUCAAGCAGACCACCGUGUUCCACCAUUACACAUAAAUCGCCAAUGAGCUCUGCGCUCUGGAAGUCAGCCAAGAUAGAGAUUAUUGAUUCAGAUCAAAGGUAG